AUGCAACUAAAAAUUGUGUUAGCAUUCAUUAUGCUUUCGGCUGUGGUCGCCUAUCCAUAUCAAAUUCUACCUUGGCAAGAAGCAAAGAAGACAUGGAAUAAGAUCGUGAAUCGAAAUUUAAAAGUGAUGGCUAAAUCGAUGAGCUCUACCCUACUUGGCGUAAAGGAAGGUCAACGAGGCGGCGUGGAGGAGGAGGAAUAUAUGCGGUUGCGUGACGAAGGAGAUGCUAAGCUAGUUGAUCGAUAG